AUGGGUGAGGAUUGGAUUUCAACUAGUAGCCAGCAAGAGAAAAACGUGGCUGAAACGGCUGCUUCACACCUUGAAUCGAUCCACCAAGAUGAUGGUCUCCACGGCACGGAUCUACGGAUAGAUGGCGAUGAUGCCGAUCAUGACCAUGAAACACCAAUGACCGUUCACCGUUUUCUGAGUUUCGUGGCGCUCGCUUUCCUGUGGACCGGAAGUCAGAUCCCCGUCUAUCUUUUCGGCGGUAUACCGCCGUAUAUCUACGAAGAUAUCGGAGGAGCGGAUCGAUGGAUAUGGUUGAUUCUGGGAAAUCUGCUAGCCUUGGCUGGUAUCUGCCCAUUCGUUGGGUCCAUUUCCGACUUGAUUGGACGUCGUUACAUUGCCCUAAUCGGAGCAUCAUUGCUAUGCAUUGGUAUGAUAGUAAGCAGUACUGCUAGUUCCAUGAACACCUUCAUUGGCGGGAUGACCAUUUCAGGGGCUGGCGCCGGCAUCAACGAGCUUACUGCACUCGCUGCUACUGCAGAGAUGGCUCCGACCAAGAAACGGGGUAAAUACGUAGCGAUACUGGUCUUCAGCAUCCUCCCGUUCUGCCCUUCUGUACUUUGGGCGCAGUUGAUUGCUUACCACACCAGCUGGCGAUAUGUUGGAGCUCUAUGCGCAGCGUGGAACGGAGUCGGUCUGCUAAUGACUAUGUUCUUCUAUUUCCCCCCACGACGAGUUAACUCAAAGGGACUCAGUCGUGCGCAAAUCAUCUCGAAAAUAGACUUUGUGGGCGGAUUUCUCAGCAUUUCGGGCAUGGUUCUGUUUUUGGCUGGCCUGCAAUGGGGUGGCUAUCAGUACUCCUGGCAUAGCGCCCAUGUUCUAGCACCCCUCAUAUUGGGAAUCGCUUUUCUGGUUGCAUUUGUAAUUUGGGAAAUCUACGGCACUCGAAAUCCACUCAUGCCCGCUCGCCUGAUAAAAGAGCCGAGAACUUUCGGUCUCACCCUUUUGAUUACUUUCAUCUCAGGUGCUAAUUUCUUCUCGAUACUCAUGUUUUGGCCUACCGAGGCUUUUAACGUCUACAGCCAUGAUCCCAUUCAAGUUGGUCUUCGUGGUUUGCCUAUCGGUUUUGGAAUUCUUGCCGGGGCAUUCAUUGGUCUUUGGCUGCUGAGUACCUGCAAGGGAAGGAUCAGAGAGUUGAUGUUUGUUAGCAGUUGUCUGAUGACUGCAGGAUGCGGUGCUAUGGCUAUUGCACGCGUUGAUAAUCUCCAUCAGCUAUGGGGUAUCCUUAUCGUUGCCGCUUUGGGAAUCGGAGGCAUAGUCGUUCCGGCAUCGAUUAUGACAACCAUAAUAUGUCCCGACGAUCUCGUCGCCACGGUAUCCGCUCUCACACUGUCCAUCCGUGUCAUUGGCGGUGGCGUCGGCUAUACGAUCUAUUAUAACAUCUUCAUUAGCAAGUUUCUCACUAAUGUCGAGUAUUAUGUUGGUGGUGUCAUGAUGGAAGUUCUCCAUAUCACUGAUCUGAAGAUCAUCACCGAGGCCAUUGAAUUGACGGGUGCAUCGGAAAUCAAAGAGUUGAUGAACCUACCUGGCAUUGCUGGAAGUCAGGCUGCGUAUGAUGCGGUCGUCCUCGCAGGUCAAAUAGCCUUUGCCGAAAGUUACAAGUACGUGUACUACGUAAGUAUAGCUUUUGGCGGGCUCGCAAUUCUGGCUUCAUUGGGACUGAAGAACAUUGGCAAGUACAUGGAUGGACAUGUAGCUGUGGUUAUGCAGUGA